GCCUGGAAUGCAGAUGGGCGGCUACAAAGGCAGCAACGGUGAGGUCAUGAAGCUACUCUACCCACUCGGCGGUCUUCCGGACAGAAGGCGACCGGUAUCUCUACCCUGGACUUGUGUGGAGUGCCCUGGAAUCGAUGCUUUGCAGUCAGCAGGUACCAGGUUAUGUUCAUUUUUUACCUAUUGUUGCUUCAUCUGCUGCUAACAAUACUUGCAUUUCCACAUUGCCAGAGAAAACUAAAGGAAUCCAGAGAUGCAGUGAACGAAGUAUUCACCUCAGCAAAGGAAGCCAAUUUAUUUAUUGGGCGGCAACUUCUAGACAAUGUACUUGAGCCUGAAAUAUUUAACACAGAUGAUCUUGAAAGAGAAUGCCGUGAAGAACUCUGCAACUACGAGGAAGCGAGAGAAAUUUUUGAUGACCCCGAAGAAAUGAAGACUUUUUGGAGCGCUUAUGUCUCUAGAAAUCCUGGAACAAAACCAGAUGGGCAGGAAGCACAGAGGAUCGAUGUUAUACUGCUUCUGAUUGGUCUAAUUGCAAUUGGAGUACUGCUGGUAAUAACUGGCUUACUAAUUUAUUAUCUCUGCAAAAGAAAAUGCCCACGAAGGCAACAACCACGGCACACAGGCUGCCGGCUGCAUAAUUCUUCCAUCUUCAGAAGACAUGAAGAAUUUUCUUUAAAUCCUCUCUCCCCGUCCCCUGAACACAUGGGACUGCCAACCUAUGAACAGGCAGUGGCACUAAGGGGAGAUUUUGAUGCUCCACCCCCACCCUAUCCAGGCCUUUCAGGAAGAUUUAAAGCAUUUAAGAAGUCUCUCUCACUUCCUGGCCCUUAAUGAAUAAACAUGACUUCUUGAAAGAUCGACUAAAUCUUGACUAAAAAAACUUGCAGCUGAUCUGGUGGAGUAUUGUGGCUGCUCCAGGAAAGCCUUUCACAGCGUGACAAAGAUGUGGCUCUUCAGCAUACCUAAGGAGCAAAGUGUGUCAAGAGAACAAGGAAGCCAUCCUUUUGUAGUGUUCUGAUGUCCAAUGAUGAAAGAAUGUUUUGUCAUACUUCUUUACAGGUGCUAAGUACUGCAGUGAAGGUGGCUUCAACACAUUUUGAGCCAACUGAUAUGCCAAUGUUCUUGUCUCUUUUGAACUGAAGUUUAAUAGUAAUUUUUGUCAAAAACCUUUUGCAUUUUAAACUAUUAUCAGUAUAAAUGAUGCAGUGUAAAUGUAACAAGGCCCUGUUAUUUUUAACUACUUGUGAUGUUUGAGAUGAAUUGGUUUUCUGUUGAUAUUUCAUUCAGGACUCUGAACAAAAUUUAUACUUAUGUAUCUGACUUAAAAGGUCACACUACCAAAGCAAUAUGGCUGAAACUCAGUUCUCACUUACUUUGCCCCCUUGCUUUACGCUCUCAUUUUCAGGAUGAGUACUAUUUAUUGCCUGAUAAGAAACUAACAUGACUGCUGUGCAGAUCUGGAAUAUUUGUUAUAGAAACUUUCAAAUGAAGAUAACAGUUACAGAGAAUUGUUUCAAUUUUUAAGCACUUAAUGUUUGCAAACGUUAUCACUAAAUUAAACCACAAACUUCUGAGGCUUGCUAAGCCUCCUUCACACUAAAAAUGUGCAAAUAGUGUCUACAAGUAUUGUCAAAGGCUUUCACAGCCGGAAUCACUGGGGUGCUGUGUGGUUUCCGGGCUGUAUGGCCAUGUUCUAGAACACAGCCAUACAGUCCAGAAACCACACAGCACCCCAAUGCCUACAAGUGUCUAAUACAGAAAUAUACUUAGAAAGAUUUUGCUUUUGCAUUAGCAAUAAUAAAAUGGAACAGAAGAGAAUGAGAUACUGUAUAUACUCGCAUAUAAGUCGAAUUUUUCAGCACAUUUUUUGUGCUGAAAAAGCCCCCCUCGACUUAUACGUGAGUCAGGUGUAUUUUGUCAGCC